AUGAAUAAUUUAGUGAUAUAAAAGGAGUAACAGUUUGAAUACAAUUAAGAUAAUGAAUACGAAGACAAUUCAGAUUCAAUUCAAAACAGAAUGUUAUUAAAUAAUAUUCCAACGCCAUCUCGAACAGAAUCUAAUUUUUAGACAUCAAUAAAUAAAACUAUUGAAAGAUAGUCAAUUUAAUCAAUAAACAAUCAUAAAUAAUUUUAAUCAGCAUUACAAGAUUAGGAUACUCUAUUAAAAGAUCUCGAUCUAAAGAAAUAAACAUAAAUCUCAUAUAAUUCAUCUAAAUCAUCUAAAACUCAAACAUCUAUGAAAAUUAGUUUACUAUAAGCUUCAUUAAUUACUAAAGAUUAAUUAAUACUAAACUUACAAGAAGAAGUUAAAUAAUUAAAAAAACAGUAAAUACAAAAAGAUCAAUAAAUGUCUGAACUUACAAGGAACUGUGAAAUCAAACUAUAGCUAAUGAAUGAUAGAAUCAUAGAUUUGGAAAGAAUAAUUAAAGAAAAGGAUUAUCAUAUUGAAUAGUUCAAAAAUAGUAAUAAUACCUUAAAUCUACAGGAUUUAUCAGUACUUACAAAUAUAUAAAAUGAUCCAAAAAAACUAUAUCCAAAUGAUCUUUAACAUAAUGAAUUAUAAGGAUAUAGAUAAAAUUCUGAUUUAUAUCUCAAUAAUAAUUAUUGGUUGAUAUCAGCUGAAAGAAAACUUUAGGGUAAUAAUCCAAUAUUUAAUUAUUAAUCAAAAGAUAAUAUGAAUGGAAAAUAAUCUUAAUUCUAUUCAUAAUAAUAAGUAAUUGAUAAGUCAUAUUAAAUAAAAUAAAAUUUAGAAUCUAUGAAAUAAUUAAAGUAGAAUCCUGAUAUACAAUUACCUAAAUUAGGUGAAAUAAAUUUAUAAUAACCUUAAUAUCAUCACAAUAAUUUCAGGAGUUAGAGUCUUUUAUAAUAAAAUAAUUAUAAGAGUUAUUCAUCUCUAUCUUAACCUUAUAUUAAUAAGGAUAAUAUAUAAUAUGAUCCUGAUGAUUUUUUAGCUGAUUAAAAAAUAAAAUAGAUAUUAACUAUUUAAGCUCCCCUUAAAAUGGAAGCAUUAGAUUGGAAUUCAUAACCAUCCAAUAAAUACAUGAUUACAUAUAAUCAUAAUUUGAAUUAAUCUAAAUAAGAUUAUAGUGAUAAAACUUAAAAAUUAUAGAAUCAUAUUAAUUCAAGAAAACUAAAUUCAUAAAAUAUGUUUAAUAAAUGA